GACAGCGAUGGCCCCGCGGUUUUGGCGUCGGCGGACCCUGGAGCGGUGUUUGAAGGAGGUCGGUAAGGCUACCGGUCGGCCCGAGUGCUUCCUCACGAUUCAAGAGAGAUUGGCAUCAAACUUCACUUCUUUAACAAAAAUACUUUAUGACUUUAAUAAAAUAUUAGAGAAUGGUAGGAUCCAUGGGAGUCCUUUACAAAAACUUAUGAUAGAUAAUUUUGAUGAUGAACAGAUUUGGCAACAACUGGAAUUGCAGAAUGAACCAGUUUUACAAUACUUCCAGAAUGCAGUUAGUGAAACAAUUAAAGACAAAGACAUCAGUCUUCUCCCAGAGAGUGAAGAACAGGAGGGUGAAGAGGAUAGCUCAGAGAUCGAGACUGAUGGCCAAGAGGAUCUAGAACAAGAUUUGGAGGAGGAGGAGAGGGAAGUAUCAGACAUGGAUGACGAUGGUCCUAAAGGAGGUGAGAGAGCUAAAAACUCAAGCAAAUUUGAUCUGAGGAAAAGGCCGGUCUUCAGUGAUGAGGAUUCUGACCGUGACUUUGAUAUCAGCAAGUUGGAACAGCAGAGCAAGGUGCAAAACAAAGUGCCUGGGAAACCAAGAGAAAAGUCCAUAGUAGAUGAUAAAUUCUUCAAACUAUCUGAAAUGGAGACCUUUUUAGAAAACAUAGAAAAAGAAGAGGAAAAAAAAGAUGAUAAUGAAGAGGAAGAUUUUGAUUAUUUUGAAGAUAUUGAUUCUGAUGAAGAUGAGGGAGAGCUGUUUGGAAGUCAAAAACUUAAGUCAGGUAAAAGUUCCAGAAACUUGAAAUACAAAGAUUUCUUUGAUCCAGUUGAAAGUGAUAAUGACAUAACAAGUGUUCAUGAUGAUGAACUGGGUUCAAACAAAGAAGAGGAAGAAAUUGCUGAAGAAGACAACAUUUCCGAAACGGAUGAAGAUAGUGACCUUGAAGAAAGAGACAGUAAACAACCUAAGGAAACCUUGAAAAGAGUGACCUUUGCUUCAGUAGAUGAGGAAACUGAAGAUAAAGAUGUUUUACAUGUAAAGAGAGUUUCUAAUGAAGUGAAAUCCUCUUUUGAAAAAAAACAGGAAAAGAUGAAUGAAAAAAUUGCAUCUUUAGAAAAAGAGUUGUUGGACAAAAAGCCCUGGCAGCUUCAAGGGGAAGUGACUGCACAGAAGCGACCAGAGAAUAGCCUUCUGGAGGAGACCCUGCACUUUGACCAUGCCGUCAGGAUGGCACCUGUGAUCACAGAGGAAACCACCCUUCAACUAGAAGAUAUCAUUAAACAGAGGAUAAGAGAUCAAGCUUGGGAUGAUGUAGUACGUAAAGAAAAACCUAAAGAGGAUGUGUAUGAAUAUAAAAAGCGUAUAACCUUAGACCAUGAGAAGAGUAAAUUGAGCCUGGCUGAAAUUUAUGAACAGGAAUAUAUCAAACUCAACCAGCAAAAAACAGCGGAAGAAGAAAAUCCAGAGCAUGUAGAAAUUCAGAAAAUGAUGGAUUCCCUCUUCUUAAAAUUAGAUGCCCUCUCAAACUUUCACUUCAUCCCUAAACCGCCUGUACCAGAGAUUAAAGUGGUGUCAAAUCUCCCAGCCAUCACCAUGGAGGACGUAGCCCCCGUGAGUGUUAGCGAUGCAGCACUCCUGGCUCCGGAGGAAAUCAAGGAGAAAAAUAAAGCUGGAGAUGUAAAAACAGCUGGUGAGAAAACAGCUACAGACAAGAAGCGAGAAAGGAGGAAAAAGAAACAUCAAAAGCGUAUGAAAAUAAAACAGAAGGAGAAGCAGAGAAAACUGCUGGAAAAGAGCAACCCAGAUCAAGCAGGGAAACACAGCAAAGCAGCAGCUUCGGAGAAGUUAAAAGAGCUGACUAAAACAGGCAAGGUGUCCUUGCUAAAGGACAAAGGUAAAGACAAGGCCUUAAAGUCGUCUCGAGCAUUCUUUUCUAAAUUACAAGAUCAAGUAAAAAUGCAAAUCAACGAUGUAAAGAGAACAGAAAAGAAAAAGAAGAAAAGACAGGAUAUUUCUAUUCACAAAUUAAAGCUGUAAUAUAUUUUGAAUAUAAUCCAAAUAUUAAUAUAUAAGCUUA